AUGUUGGAAGGGAAAGCUUUGAUUGAGGACACAGAUAUGCCAUUGAAGAUGCAGAUCCAGGCAAUGGCCUCUGCUUCUCAGGCUUUGGAUCUCUACGAUGUUCUUGAAUGCAAAUCCAUAGCUGCCCACAUCAAGAAGGAGUUCGACAAGAAGUAUGGGAGUGGAUGGCAGUGUGUGGUGGGAUCCAACUUUGGGUGUUUUUUCACUCACUCCAAAGGGAGCUUCAUAUAUUUCACACUAGAGACUCUCAACUUCCUCAUCUUCAAAGGCGCUUCCUAAUGGUAGAGAGAGAUU